AUGACCAGUGGGUGGCACUCUAGUGGCCAAUGGGUGGCGCUCCGGUGGCGGCCUGGUGGUGGUCCGGAGGUCGGGAGGAGCUUUGGUGGUGGCGAGUGCAAAACCGGUAGUGGGAGCCAGGGAGGAGGCCGCAUGGCGGCUGGUGCGACGGAGGUAGGGUCGGGCGAAGGCCAGCGAUGGGGGCCAGGGAGGAGGCCGGGGGUAGCUAGUGCGACAAAAGCAUCCAGCGGUGGUGGUGGUGCAGCGAAGGCUAUCGGCGGUAGUGGGGCUAGAGUUGGCGGUGCAGCCAGCAGGUGGCGAGGAGGCCGGGGGCCGGCUAGUGGCGGUGAGGUCGAGGCCGGCUGGCAACGGAGCGGUAGCCGGGGAAGCUAG